AUGCAAUUUACAUCUUCAGUUCUUCAGCUUUUGGCGCUUUGCCACAUGACGUUAGCAUCGCCAUGUAAGCUUUCUUCUUCAACUGUCCUCUCGGUGUCGUCAGCAAGCACCACUGAGACUAGUGAGACAGAGUCAUCGACGGCCUUUACGUAUGAAACUACAGCCACGACCGAGUAUGAGACAUUGUCCGGCUCAUCUACCAUCGCCACUUCGGUCGCGACCUCAAGCGCUGAGGUUGAGCCAACGACAACCACCACUGCCGCAUCGGGACCUACGAAUCUGAUCAGCAACCCCGGCUUUGAAGACUCAACCGUCGCGCCUUGGACCGUAUACAACAACAUCGGAACCCUGAUUAUAGACAGCGAUUCAGGCAUUCCCCCAUCAACCCAAGCAGGACAAUUCAGCGCCUCUGGAGAAAACCUCAGCAACAUGGGCGUCAGACAAGAACUUGGCCCAUCUUUGAUCGUGGUUGAUAAAGAGUAUCGCUUUUCUGUAUACACCAAAGUCACAGCCUCCAACUUUUGCAUCUCGCAAACAAUUGCCUGUGGCGCAGGAACAGGUUGGGUAAACUCGGCGAAUUGGGGUGCAAUGCAGGCGAAUGGUUGGAUACUGACAACGGUUACUUGCUCGUGGAGUCAGGCUCAGCUUGAUGCUGGUCCGAGUGUUCAGGUCGCGGGAGUGUGCAAUGCUCUGACUUUCCUGGCUGAUGAUGCUUCUUUGGUCGCGACUGAAGCAUCGGAUUAG